AUGGAGGAGGCUUCGCCCGACACAGCGGAUCCGCUAACGCUAGCGCAAGUCCUGGAGGGCUUUGUUAGCCUCGGAGUGAUACAACCCGUAGCCCCGUAUUCAAACGGACAAGCGGAGAUGGCUUUGAAUCAGGGCUCUACUGAUCUUCCGCGCGCAUUCGCGCCGUCGGUGACCAUCAGGAAGACUCUGACGAUGACGUCCCAGAACUGGAAGCCUGCUCGGAAGGGGAGGAUGAAGACUCAGGGGAAUCUGACAACGAUGACGGCCCCCCGAGGCCGACGCUGCCGGAACGACGACGAAGAACCGGUCUGCGACUGCGAGUUGAUGCCCUUGAGAGACCGGGGACAGCAGCUUUCACGCAGCUACUCUACGUGGAUGACACAGUCGCCUGGCUGGAGCAAUUCGAGGAGACACCGGACGAGGCGGCGCCGGCGGAUGCGGAACCACUCUGCUCUCCGCCACGCGCUUUUUGGGAUGAACCCCCGGACGAACCCGACCGGGGGAUUGUUCUCUCUUCUCCGCAGGAAGCCCGGUACUUCUUCACAGAGAUG